CAUAGCAACCCUGUCAGCAUUCGGCUGCAACUAUAAUAUGGCGGCGGCCAUGAUUUAAACAUAUGGGCAAAGUCAUGUCAAUUUCAUAUCUAAACCAAACAAAAUUUUUAGAUGGACGACGACUCAUUUUUUGGAUUUGAUACAUCAAUACCGUUAGACGAUGAUGGAGGAGGUCGCAUUGAGGAGCCCUCCGAAGAGGAGUAUGACGCCCUUAACGAUGAAACAUUUGGUGCUGCUAUUAAUGGCGAUUGGGAGGAAGCGCAUGAAUCGCUUGUACGUUUAACCGAUAAUUUUACCUGUAGCAGCGGUGAACGCUUAAAUAGCAAACAACAUGGUAAUAAUGAUAAUAGACACCGGUUAGCAUCGCCUACAUCGUCAAGAGGUUCUUCGCCUUUUUAUGGCACACGACAUCGUAACCCAAUUGCUGAUUCUGAUUUAGAAUUAAAUUUAUCUGGCAUGAAAUUGGAUGAUGUCGAUAUUAAUUUCGGUGAUGGUGAAAGUUUAAGCGGUGAUUUAAGCUCAGGUAUAAACCUCGAUCCUAGUGUAUGGGCAUCACAACCUUUGAAACCAACAAAUCACACCCAUCAUUUAGACGCAAUAAAAGGAAAUAAUUCAUUAUUUUCAAGUAUAAACAAUAACUCUGACAUAAAAGGUUUAAAUAUAAAUCCUGCAGAUUUUUUACGCCAACAUAUCUCUAGCCCUUUUGCACAUCAACAACAGCAAAAUCAUCACUUGCAACAACAACAGCAACAACAACAAAUAAAAGUGAACACAAACACCAAUGGUGCUUUCGGUUUAAGUCAACUUCCCAACGCUGGUACGAAACCUAAGAUUUGUACUGUAGAAGACAUUGAACGCAAUAUUAUCAUGCAACAAGCCAUGCAAAAACAACAACAACAAAAACUAAAAGAACUCGAACAGCAACAGAAACAACAACAAAUGCUAAAUUCAAUGUUUAAACCAGCCACUUCAAAAACACCAACUCCUGUAAAUCCUCAUCCAAAUCAAAUAAUGCAAACUCAACAACAAAUUCAACACCAACAGCAGCAACAACAACAGCAACAAAAUAAAGGACCUCCAGGUUUUAUAAAUGCCGGUUCACCGCCAAGGCCAGCAAGCAAUUUAAUUAAUAAUUUAGCACAACAUCCCUUAAAUAACAUGCUGCAACAACCAACUGCAACUGGUAAUCGUUUACCGCCUGGCUUUCCUUUAUUUAAUCCAGGUAUGCCGCCGGGACAUAUACAACAACGUGGUCAUCUUCAUAUACCACCACAUCCCUUGCUAAACCAACAUGGCUUACCACCAAAUUUUCCGCAUGCAGAUCCGCGCACACUGCCGAAUCCACAUCUUCCAAUUGCGCUAAACAAUUUUGCGAUGCAUCCUAAUUUUAAUGCAAUGCGUGCCAGUGCUGUAACCGGAAUGUAUCCACCUGGACUAAUUCCUCCUGCUAUGGCACAAUCUCGUAUGCCCACACAUCCACCGAAUCCCUUACAAUUUCUACAUCAACAGCAAGCAAACUCCAUGUUCAAUAUGCGACUUGUACAGGAAAUUCAGCAAAAUCAUCCAUUACUACAAAAUGCCAGUCGACAAAUGUUACAACCACAGCAGCAGCAGCAACAACAACAACAACAACAACAUGCUAACGCAAAUGCUAAUCAUCAGAAUCAACAACGCGCUGGUCUUAAGCAAGCGCAUCAGCGACGUGAUGGCAUUUCUGCAAACGGUAACUUACCACCUGAAGAAUAUGACGAGUAUGCCAAUUUAAUGAGCAUUCGAGAUAAACAUUGGUUAAUAGGCAUACAGCUAUCCCAACUGAAUACAGAUACUCCAUAUAUCGAUGAUUAUUACUUUACCGUUUAUCGUGAACGAAAAUCACAGCUUAGUGGCAAUGUGCGUCAUAGCAAAGCACAUAAGGACAACCAAUUGAAUCAUCCGUUCUCGCAGCCUAAAGGUCAUGCACAACUUGUACUGGUACAGUUAGGCAAUAAGAACGGCACACGUAAUGGUCAACAUCGCGAGCGUCAUAAUUCAGAAACUAGCGGUGGUAAUAAUUUGAAUCAAGAACAGAAAACACCUUACAUUUUCACGCCACUCAAGUUUGAAAAUUCCUUGGGAAAAUUGCAGUAUGGCAGCGUCACUGCACCACGUAAAAUUAUUGAUGCGGAUAUAAUGAGUGGAGAGUUGAAUGAUAACUUAAGCAAUAACUUAAGUGCUGCUAAAGCAAGCGGUCAAGGUAUUAAAUUGCCAAAUGUUACAACGGGUAAUUUUCAUGACAUCACCAUAUCUGCUCAGCGUAAAUCGCGCCACAUACUACUACACAUCGAGACAUUAUACCGUAUAGUGCUUAAGCUUGAUGAUCUAGAAAAUCCUGAUGCUAUUGCGACAAUUAUUAUGAAAAAGAAGAAGGAAAGUGAACGUAUCGCAGCACUGGAACAGCUCGAAAAUGCCAAUAAGACGCCAGAAGAGCGCGCUGCAGAAGCCACAAAUCCACAAACAGUUAAUCCUGUGCUUAAGAAUAAAUUUGCUUAUGAAAUUGAGACGAAGGAAGCAUUAGUUGACAAAUUAAUUGCAGGUUUAAAACAUGAAAAAGUCAUGGCUAUGAUGAAUAUACGCAAAGGAAAGAACUUAAUACGUCGCAUCAUGCCAUAUUUAGUGGAUAAUCCGGUACGUUGGAAUGUUUGGAUUAGCGUAUUAGCUUCACUACAAAAUGUUUAUAAAAAAGAUCGUGAAGACACUGAGGGUGUUCUGUACGCGUUAUAUCCAGAAUUUGAAAAGCAGAUAUUGGAAGCUAAUUUUGAUACAACAGUUAAAAUUGCUAAAGCUAUACCAUUGAAAGAUAAAAAAAUCAAUGCUGUCUUUUGUAGUCGAUUUGGAAUAUCGUCACUGGUUUGUCUGAUAAUACAAGUCGAGCAGAUUUAUGUUAAGGGCAUCGAUCCUACAUUAAAUGAAGUUAACAAAUACAAUUGGCGUUCAUUUUUAGAUGAAGUAGCAACAUCACUUAAUCGCACUUUACAAAGUCAAACAAUAAAUGCCACAAUCGAAUCUUAUUCGAUUGAAGCUGUUAUGCAUCAUUUUGCACGUUUCAAGGACUUGCAGUUGGACUCACUUCUGGCGCUUAUAACUAAGGCAAAAGAACAACUGUUCACUGAUAUAUCGAUCCUUGGCAAACGCUCUUUGGGUUUAAAGCUCAUUACUUAUUUCCAGUGCUUCGAAUCGAUCUGAAUGGUAAAAGAAAAG